CAGACUUUUUUCAAUGUUUUCCUCAUCCCUAACUUCUGCUAAACGCCUUCUACAAAUUAAUUAUAGAUUAGCAUCAAGACUUGUUGGCAAAAAUAUUCCAGUUUCUUCACAAAAUAAAUUAACAAAAAAUGCUUCAAUUAAAAAUGAAGAAGAACAAAAUAAAGAAAAUAAAACCUCAAAAAAUAAACAUUCGCUAAUUCGUGGCCCAAUAACUUUUCCAUUGACUAUCGACAACUUUGAACGAAUAUGUGUUAAAACGACUGGGGCUAAGGAGGAAAAUGAAAGAUAUUUACAUUUGGCAAAGGUUUUUUAA